AUUCAAUUCGAUUCGCGUCGCAUAGUGGAGAAUAGGUUUGUUCAUCUUGGGAGUAUUUUAUCGCUUUGAGACAUUGUGAACGUGUAAUUUUUUAUCGUGUGAAAUUGUGAUAGUGUGUGAUUUCCCGCAAAGAAGAGAUAAUUAUUUUAUACAGCACCUUCUGAGGAGAAAAAAUCACUAUGGCCUGUCUAUUGUACAUUAUCCUAGCAGUUUUUAUAAGUUCAACUGUAGCCCAGCUUGAGAAUGAAGAUGUAAUGCUGCAAAACCCAAUCACGUUGCCGCCAGAACUACAGCAGAAAAUCAAUGACACUGAAAUAGAAAAGUACAAGACUCAGUACUUAGACCAGUUUAAGAAGAAAUGUGAGAAGAACGGACAUCCUGAAUUAUUUGACAGUGCACAGGCAGCAGCUGGUGAUCUCAUGAACUGCUUCAACUCCUUGGUGAACACAGAAGUGCUACAACAGGAGAUUGAGAAUGCCAAACCUACUGGAACAGUCGACGAAGUGUUCAAGAAGUACUGCGCCAAAACACCGGAGUUCAGGGGUUGUUUCCGCAACAUGACAGAGACCGUGAAGCCUUGCUUCUCCGGUGCUGAGCAGAAACACUUCAAGACGAUGUACAACGUCACUGAACAGUUGGCUGACUUCAUCUGCUAUAAGGAAGGCGACAGGAUCGCAUUAUUCAUAGCAGAAGGCGGUAAGGAGUGCUUCGAAGACAAGCAGCAAGGCAUUCAGGAUUGCUUCAACUCCACCUUCGACUCGGAAACGCAGGCUAACCUUAAGAACGCCACUGACACUGGCAUUUUUGAACUUGAGUUCAAGGAAAAACAAUGUGAGCAAAUGACUACCCUCCAGAAAUGUAUAGUCAGCGUGCUGGAGAAGUGCCCCAAGCCCACAUCGGCUAACAUCGUGGAUUCGCUGUUCAACUUCGUGAGAAAGGCCACUCCUUGCAAGGCAUUUACUAAGGGGACCGGCAGCGUAAGAGGUGGAAACACAGAGGAGAAAAAGCCAGCGCCCGGUGCUGCAAGUGGUUUGACCGUGACCGCAGCAACGCUCGUAACCGCGCUGGCCGCCGCAUUACUUGUAUAAGCGAAAUAUUUAAUUCUAAGAUAACUCUCGUAUACAACAUAAUUUAAUUUACGUUACGCGCAAACAAACAUUACAAUACCUACGCAGGUACAAAAAUGCAGAUUAAAUGCGAAAACGCUCUGGUGCUGCCAUCUAUACGAACAUUUUUUAAAUAUUUUAGUACGCAUUUUUAAGCGGGGUCGCAUAUUUUUUUUACAUAUAAUUAUGUUGGGAAGGCGUUAGAACAAAGUACAUAAAAUAAUGUUAGGUGAAGGUGACUGUUGUAUGACAACUCUGUGUUUUGAAGUAGUAAAUUAGAGUAUGGAAAAUUGUUUAACCUUAAAUCAUUAUGAUUCUAAAAGUCGUACUCUAAUUAAACUACUGCAAAACAUAGCUUCAAGGGUAAGGCGAUUUUAUAAAGAUUAUAAUUGUGAAUGGACGUGAGUUUGAUUAUCAAAUGCUAAUGGAUAUGUCUCGAUUUAUUUCAAAUUUAUAAUAAGGCAAAUCGCCCCGCGAUGUAACAAUAAUAUCAAUUAAAAUGAUUUAAGUACAUUCCAAAAUUCAGACAUUGUAAUAAAUUAAGAGUAAAAUACAAGUUUUAUUUGGACAAAUGACACUUUAUACUGCUAAAACGUUAUUUCAUACAGAUAAUAUUAAAAAUAAUUCGGUAGUUGAUUUGCAUUGUUUUUUAACUUUUAUAUUGUUUUGAUUAUAUCUAAGCGAAUGCUACUGAUGCUUAAAGACUGUGUGAUAUCAAAAUAUUAUAAUAUUCCUUUUAUUGCAACUGUGACUAGGCAGCAUUUAUCUAGAAGUACAUAUCGUUACAUAUUUUUUUAAUGCCAAUAUUUGCCAAAAAAAAGUGGCCAACGAAAUAUAAAGCUUAGCUUAAGACUUAAAAUAAAGGGAACCCAUUUUUUGUACGAAGAAUUUAUGUCAUAAAUUGUCAUUGAACCAGGUUCAAACGGCGUUUAAAUGUGUUGCCUUGCAUAAUGAGAAAUAGUAUCAAUAGGUGUAUACUUAGUAUAUCAAUGUUUUAAAAAAUGUCGAAGAUAGCCGUCCGCAAGUUAGACUCGCAUCAAAAUGUCCUAAAUGCAAACCGGCUACACUGUAAUAUGAACUUUAGUGUGUAGGUAAUAAGUACGAAAAUAGCUAGUAAAAUGAAAGUCGCUUCGUACAUUUAUUACUGCUUUUGUCCAUUAUAUUUUAUAGAGUAUUUAAUGUUUGGGUGUUAGGGUAAAUUGUCAUAGAAAUAUUUCCUAGACUCAAUUUUACAGACAUUUUAAUAUAUUUUCUAUGGUCAUCCUACUUUUGUGAUAUUGUUAAAAUAGAAUUUCGCUUUGCCAAUGGUUCAGAGAAUUUUUAUUUGAGAGAGUAAGGCAUAAUUGUGUGUCUGUAUUAUAUGUAAUUUUUAUAAAAUAUUUAUUUAGUAUAUUUUUUGUAGAAAUAUUAAUAAUUUGACAUAAUCUACUCUGUUCAUAUUUUUUGAUACUUUUGUUGGUUUGGUUUUUUUAUUAAUUCAUCAAGUAAAGGCGCUUCAUAGUUUAACAUUUUUAAUUAUUUUUAUUUGUUAAAAGUCUAUGGUGCGCACAACGUUUCAGUUUUAAAUCGAUUAAUAGUUACGAUAUACAAAACGAAAUCAAAUACUAAAUCGGAAUUCGAACUAGCAAAUUGGUUAAUAAGGUAUUCUGUGCCCUAUUGCUUAGAUCUUAAAAUUUAACUUGGCGUGCCACGAAUGCAGGUCCUGCGUCAAUAAGUGCGUGAUCAAUUAAUGUUGAGAUUGUUUUGUAUAUUUUAACUAAUAGUUAUACAUAGAAAACUGUUUUAUGACAAAGAUAUGUCGAUAAUCUUGACCCUGAAGGCUUUAGCAUACAUAAUGAUAGCAGCUACAUGCGAAGUACAUAUUGACAAAAAGUUUCAGAAGUAAAAGUGCUCUAAAGAUUAAAGGGUAGUCUGCAAAACUUUUUUUUUAUUUCUAUACCAACAUUUGAAUAGAGGAUCCAAAAUAUCUCUAUAUUGAACAAUUUCUAACGUUGGCUUAAUUGGCAAAUGUUAAUUUGUUGUCCGUUAUUCUUGGAGCCAACGCCCUGCGGCAAUUGACAAUUUUAUGUUGUUGUAAGCCCGUUUACAAGACUAUCGACAUAUAAGACGCAAUCCUGAUUAAUUGCUUUGUUGACUGUUUAAUUUAUUAGAAGCCAUAAUGUCUAUGUCAAAGGUGUAGAUUCGAUGUCCGGUAGCUAGGGAUUUGUAUUUGUUGCUAUGUGGUUUAUGACCAUUUUACAAUAUUUGCAAAUAAAUGAUGAAGUAUAAAAA